UUGUAUGAUUCCCACCAAAUGUGAAAUGACAAAUACCAAUCUACCACAAUUUGGAACCCACAUUUGUGUGGCAUAGAUUGGGAUAACCUUUCCCGUUUUUCCCCCAUUUUCUUCCUCCAAAAAUCUCCUCCUCUUCUUCCCAAUCAAAAUUCUCUCACCAUUAACACUUUCAUCUUCCUCAUCUUCUUCAUCAUCUUAGAGAGAGAAAGCUCUACAAUCAGCCAUGGCUAACAUGCUCAUGGCCUCUUCUUCUAAAUCCCUCCCAACUCCAUCAAUUCCCACUACCCCUAAACCCAAAUUCUCUCCCCUUAAAAACCCACUUCUCAAACUCCCUUCUCAACAAUACCCACUUCUCAAAACCCUCAAUUUCAAUCUCCUAAAAUCUGCCGCCAUUACAGUUACUCCACUUUCUCUCUCCUUCCUUCUUCCUCACCCUUCUCUUGCUGAAGAAAUCGAAAAGGCUUCACUCUUUGACUUCAAUCUUACACUCCCAAUCAUAAUGGCUGAAUUCCUAUUACUUAUGUUCGCUCUUGACAAGAUUUACUUUACUCCUUUGGGAGAUUUCAUGGAUCAACGUGAUUCCGCCAUUAAAGAAAAGCUUGCUGAUGUUAAAGAUACUUCUUCUGAAGUAAAACAACUUGAAGAACAAGCUAAUGCCGUCAUGCGUGCUGCACGUGCUGAGAUUUCUGCUGCUUUGAAUAAGAUGAAGAAGGAAACUCAACUUGAAGUUGAAGCAAAAUUGGCUGAAGGUAGGAAGAAAGUUGAAACUGAACUUCAAGAAGCUUUGGCUAGUUUAGAGAAGCAGAAGGAGGAUACCAUCAAAUCAUUGGAUUCUCAAAUUGCUGCUCUUAGUGAUGAAAUUGUUAAGAAGGUUCUUCCUGUUUCUUAAAUGUGAUUACUCUUUUGUUUUUUGCAAGUUUUAUUUGAAUAUUUGUAUGUGAAUGAAUGGAUAUAUAUAUAUAUAUUAAUGGUAUAAAUGAUACAAUGCUUCAUUUGGGAAA